AUGGUAUUCCUGGCUUCUUUUAUCUCAGCUUCCUUGGUGUUGGGUGCAGCUGCUUUUUCUGAUCCAGGCUACGAUUGUCGUCCUGGUCAAAAAUGCUGGCCAACAACCCGUCAGUGGCAACAGUUCAAUGCAACCAUUGAUGGCCAUUUAUACGAGACCGUCCCUAUUGCGGCUCCUUGCUACAAGAACUCCCCUCACUACGACAAGUCCGCCUGCGAGGCAGUGGAGGAGUACUACGGAGAUAGUAUUUCUCGAGGAACUCAUUUUGGACAAACAUACUGGCUGAAUUGGGAGACCUGUGGUCAGACUGGAUGUGCAUUGCUCGAAUCCGAUCCAUCUGAGCUUCUAUAUGGCACAUGUUCUCUUGCACGACUAUCGUCAUACUACGCGGAUGUUCGAGAAACUUCUCAUAUAUCUGCGGCUCUUCGAUUUGCAAAAGAGCACAAUAUUCGCAUCAGCAUAAAGAAUACUGGUCAUGACUUUUUUGGGCGGUCAUCAGUGCCAGACACCCUCGCCAUCUGGACACAUAACUUGGAUACCAUGAAGUUCAGCUCAAAUUUCACUGCACAAAACUGCCCGUCUUCUAACGGCCAAAAUGUUGGUGAAUUGGGCGCUGGUGUCGUCGCAGCCGAUGCGUACCACUUUUUCAGCUCGCACGGCAUGGACAUCACAGGAGGUUAUGAAAGAUCUGUCGGAUUGGCAGGCGGAUUUGCCCAAGGAGGAGGUGUCGGAUCUUUCACCACCACCUACGGACUGAUGGCAGAUAACGCUGUCGAGUUUGAGGUGGUGACUGCAGACGGGGAGGUUCACAUAAUCAACCAGUGCAAUGAGCCCGAGCUCUUCUGGGCUAUGCGAGGUGGUGGCGGUGGUACAUUUGCAGUACUCACCAAGUAUCGAGUUCAGGUGUAUCCAUCUUUGCCGAUUCACACCUAUACCUUCACUGCAAACUUUACUGGCCUGGAUUCUAUCAGCAAUGCGACCGAGAAUUCUGCUUUGCGCGAGAUCUUGACGGCACAUGCAGAGAAUCAAAUUGCCUGGUCCGCACAGCUGGUGACGGGCCAGCUUGAAUACUUCCCCGAGAAGCUGGCUAUCAGUAUAGUCCUCCCAUAUGGAGACGAUGGCUCGAAGCUCAAGUCAUCCACUGCCUCCUUUGUUGAAUUUUUGAGAAACAGAACAGACGUUUCGGUCUCCAAGGAUGGGUAUGACUCUUACCCUAACUACGCCAACUACCUCACUGUCACGGAUGCAGAUGCCAAAGUCACGGAACCGUCUGGCAUCUUUUCCAUCCUGGGUUCCCGACUGAUUCCUCGCACGGUUUUCGAAGCCCAAGACACCAUUGAAGAGCUGGUGGAGGGUGUCAUUCAAGGAAUAGCAACAUCAAGAGAACACCUCAAUCUCACCGGGACACAGAUCGUCUUGGAGACGCCCGUCUCAAACCUUGACAGUAACAACAAUGUCGCCGCACAUCCAGCAUGGCGCAAUACACUCUGGCAUGUCAUCCAUGUCGGAGAGUGGUUAGAGCCAUUGGAGCCCGAAGCUCAGACCAGUACUGCAGAGGCUUUCUUGGAAAUUCUCGAUCCUCUCAAGAAGUUGAGUCCUGGUGGUGGGGCGUAUUUCAACGAAGCACAUUAUUUAGAGCCUGAGUGGCAGGAUGUCUACUUUGGGUCAAACUACCCUAAGCUCUUGGAGGUCAAGAACAAGUAUGACCCCACUCAUAUUUUUGAUUGCUGGAAAUGUGUUGGAUGGAGAGGCGAACAAGAGUAA